AUGGAAAGAGAUGAUGGUGAUGGUGAUAUUCAAACACGUAGUACAAGUCGUUCAAAUAGUAUUGACGAAGGUGAAACAAAUUCAACUUCUCCAGUUACAUCAAUAAAUCAAGCCGAGCUUUCAUCUCCAGAAGAUGUUAAUGAACAAGUUCAAACAAUACCAGACACACAACUUACAUUAACAUCAAAUUCUUCGUCGGAUUUUGAGACAGAUUUUGUUGCUAUAAAUAAAAGUGAUCUUGAUCCAGAUGCCAACAAUGCACCACGUUCCGUAGAAUCAUCAUGCAAUGCUGCUGUCACUGAUGUUCAUACAGACAAAUCUUAUCAACCAAUAUUUGGUUCAUUCUUAUUCUCUGAUUCAGACCCGCUUAGCAGAGCAGCCUUCGUCGCUUCUUCAUCUCCAUCUAGUGAAGUAGAAACAACACAAGAACGACUCAUGGACAGUUGUGCUGUGAGAGAUGAAAAUGACACCUCAAACAACAAUCAAUUAGCACCAUCAUUACCUACGCCUUUAGAAUCUACUGAGAAUAUUGAUGAUGAUAAUGAUGAAGAUGAUUUUGAUGGUAUACCAAUUAGACAUGCUUCUAUUACGACGCAAAAAAAAUUUAAUGGUGAUAGUGAUUCAAUGGUGAAUCAAUCGAAUCAUGAUAAUUUAUUUGAUGAAUUUAUUAAUCAUGUUGAAAAUGCACAUGAUGAUUAUGAUCUUGAAGAUGAUUCAUUUUUAAAUGGUUUUACUGAUGAACAACAUGAUACAACAGCAGUAGUACCAUCUUUAUUUAAAGAUAUUCCGGAUAUUGAUGAUCCAUAUGAACAUGAAGAAGACAAUAACGACAGAGUCCCUUUUGAUCAUAUGGAUAUGUAUAAUCAAUCUGAUUCAAUACGUUCAUCAUCGCCUGAUUCACUUUUAUCUUCAUCACAUUUACAAGAUGAACAAGACGAUGACGUGAAUUUUGAUGAUGAAGUCACACAAUGGAAUGAUGAUAAUAUUCUUCAUUCUAAUUCAUCAAACAUAAAUUCUCAAACUAAUCGAACGAAUCUACCGUUAAUUUUACAGAUGCAUCCAUUCGAUCAAGUGAAUUUUAUUGAUUCAUCACGUAGUAAUUCAAGAUGUUCAAAUGUAUCAUCACAUCUAAGUUUUGGUUAUACUGAUCAAGCUCGUGUAUUUAUAAGUGAUGAUGGACUUGUGACAUCAUCUGAUAGUGAUGCUAAUGACAACAGUGAUGAUGACAUGAAUUUAGAUAGUAAUACCCUCAAUCGUAAUGAUAAUGAAGAACUAUGUCUAAAAGUCAAUGACGGUGAUGAUAAUAAUAAUAAUGAAGAAUUAUGUCUUCAAGUCAAUCUCGAUGAUCAUCGAUCGGUAUCUUCAUAUAGUAAAGGUAAUAGUACACGUUCAGCCUCACCAGCAUCUAAUGAAACACCAAUUGUUGAUAUUGAUGAAGAUAAUGAUGAAAAUAAUGAUGAAUCAAAAACUUUACAAAUAGCUCCUAUUGCUGCAAUGGAUGAUGAAGAUGAAGAUGAUAUACAAACAUGUCAAUCUGAGCAACCAGUAUUACCAACAAUAACACCUAAUAUUAAAAAUUUUCUUGAAUUAAGAACUGAACAACGACAAAAUGAAAUUGUUCACGAUAUUAUUAAUAUGAGACAUUUAUUAAAUGAAAAUAAUCAUGAUGAUGAAUUUAUUGCAAUUAUGCAUAAUCCAAGAAUAUUCGAAGAUGUUUUAUAUGACCAUGAUAAUAAUAAUAAUAAUAAUGAUGAUGAUGAUGAAGAGAAGUCAAACUUAGUCAAGCAAACAAAUUCUGUUACUUGUAACUUCCGGUCAUCAUCACAACUACCGAUUGAUAAUAAAAUUAAAAAUGAAUCAUUCGAGCAUCACCAAAAUAUACAACAGGCAUCAUCAUCAUCAUCAUUAUUAGAAUCGAACAACGAAAAAACUCCGAGUUCUCCAUUAUUUUCUUCUCAUACAACGACAACAAUAAGAAAUAAUUCUUCUUCCACGGCUGCCGAUUACCUUACGCCAGACGACGAUGAAAGAAAAAAGAAUGGUGCGUCUGUUAAUGUCGUCAAUACUACCAACAUUCUUAAUAUAAAACAACAAAAAGAACAGUUGCAAUGCGAGCAAACAAAUACAUCUAACAUUGAUUCAAAACAAUUUACAAACGUUGAAGAACACAAUCGAAUCAUGAGUACAGACAAUGAAUCAGAUGACGAUUUAGAAUUAUUAAAAACACUUUCUCAGUUACAUGAUAUAGUUAAUACUACUCAAUCUACGGAAAAAAUCAAUCGAGUUGAACAUCAAAUAUCAUCGGAUUCUUCAAGUAUAAAUCAAGAUCAAAAUUCUCUUGAGUAUUCACAUGAAAAUAUAAUUACAAAUGGAAAUGAAGCAGAAUUAUUAAAUAAGAAAAGUCGACAAAAUACUCAUAUAAUACUGCCAACGUCGCCCUAUGUCACUGACACUAUAAAAAAUUCCGACGAAGAACAGGAAGAAAAAGACGAGAAAAAAAACAUUAUUUUUCAUAAAAAUCAUAAUGAUGAUGAUGAUGGUGACGAUAAGCAAAAGGAAAAAUACGAGUAUAGAGAAGAAGAAAAAAAAACAACUACGUUUUUUUCUUUAACAUCGACGUCUCCUACUUUAUUCAAUAAUGAUUCACACUCAACUGUCGUUGUUGUCGACCCUGAUACGCCGUCUUUAUUGCCCAACUUGUUAUUAUUAUCAUCAAACAAACUAAACGACUCCCUCUUACUUUCGAACCAACUAAUUACAGACGAUUCGCAAAUAACUAAUACAAAAUCAAACAUGGAUAAUUUAUCCGAUGACGAUCGUAAUCAACAGAAAACAGCGACAGAUCUAUUUGAUCCAUUUUCUCCAACAACUACAAAAACAAAAGCAGAAUUUUUUGAUAGUAUUUUUACUGAUUCAAAAGAUGAUGAUGUAAACGAAUUCAAAAUGCCAUCAACUGUUUUACCAUCAAAUACCAUGUCAACACAACCAUUAGGAAAUUAUAGUUUUGAUGAUUUAUGGAACCAAUCAAUGUCACAAAUUGAAUCAUCAAAUAACCCUGAAAUUAAAUCCGAUAACAACUUCGAUCAAAAUCCAUUUUCAUGGGAUGCUUUUUUAAAUAACGAUACUAAGAAUGAAAAAUUAAAUCCAUUUGAUGAUGAUACCACGGUUCCAACUUCAAAUACUAUAACAUGGGAAUCAUUAUUUGGUGAAGAAAAACAAGAAAAAGAAGAUGAUGAAAAUGAUCUUAAAGAUUUUCUAUAUUGGAUUAUUAGCCAUUUAGAUGAUUCUGAAGAAUUUGAUAUUCAACCUAAAAUUACAUUUACUUCAACACAAAAUCUUGAAAGUAUUGUUAAAGAAAUUCAAAUGUGUUUAAUGCCAUUUGAACCAAUUCCAUCACCACCAUUACAUAUUGAUCAUUCUGUUUCAAAUCCAAUGAUUAAUGCAAUUCAUCAUGAAUUAUUUCCUAUUAAUGAAUUAGAGCAAUUAAAUGCAACUCAAGAACAACAAUCAAUGAUAUUAUAUGAAGAAGAUGAAGAUGAAAAUGAGAAAGAAAAUGAUGAAAUAGUACCUGUCAAUAAUGAAUUAAAUUUAGUUGCUGAAACCUUAGUUUCCAAUAUUAUACAAUUAGCACUAGAUCAAGUUAAUGAAUCGUAUAAUCAAAUCGAACAUUUUGUUGAUCAAAUAUUAGCACAAGCAGUAUUUGACGUGUAUAAUGAAGAUUAUAAUUUAUCAAUAUUAGAAAACAAUGAUUUAAUACCAAUAGAAAAUCUUGUUACAAUUAUUAAUUGGCAUAAUUCAAUAAAAACAACAAAUAAAAAUCUACUUGAUUCACUUGAUCAAAAAGUUGAUAAUGUUUCGAAUGAUCAUUUGCAAACACCAAAUCAUAUAACGAAUGAAAAUUUAGUUGUAAAUCAAAAUAAGACUGAUGUUGAUCCAUGGUUAUUAACAACAAUAGAACAUAAUAAUGAUUUUGAUCCAAUAGCAUUCUUUUCGAACACUCUUGAUGAAUCCGAUUUAUUUUCUUCUACAAGUAAUCCGACGAAUAAAAUUCCGGAAUUUGAAGACGAUGAAGCGGGAAAUCUUAGUGAAUAUGUACCACCACCAAUAUUAAGAGAUCCUACAAAUCCUACUAUGGUUGCUAAUAAUCUGAUGAAAUAUACAUUAACAGCACCUGUUUUUGAUGAUAGCGGUGAUGAUAGCUCAUUUCAAGAAGAUUAUUUUAUGUCACACAAGAAUGAAUCAUCAGUAGAAACGAAUAAUAAAUUUGAUGAAGAACCAGCUAAAACAAAAGAUAUAACAUCGACAGAUGAAAAUGAAGUUGAAAUCGAUGCACAUAAUAAUAUCUUUUCACAAAAAGGACAUUCGUUACAAUUUGAAGCAUUUGCUAGUGAUCAACCAUUGGAUUCAUCCGAUAAUGAAUUGAAAUUUGCUAAUAUAACUGCUCAAUUUAAUGAAUUUGAUGAAUCUUCACAAUUACAACAAUCAACAGAUGACAAUACACCAUGGAUAACCAUUGAUAAAACACCUGAGACUGUUCAAACCAGUAGCAUCAGUAAAGAUGAACCAUGGGAACUUGAAGAUAGCGGUGAAGAAAACAUUGCACCAGGAUUCCCAACAACAACUCCAUAUUCAGACGCUUUCAAUGAUAAUGAAUUCUCCACAACAGAGAAAACUAAUUUACCUACUAACUAUUUUUCCGAUUCAUUUAAUGCACCAAUAACCACUGAAAAACAUCCAAGUGAUGAUAAGGAAAAUUAUGAUGAUUAUUUUACCAAACAGCAAUUAAAUGAAAAUACGGAGCAAUCAUUAGCAAAAAGUGCACAUUUCGAUGAUAAUCAAAAAAAUGUACAAGCUUCAACAUCAUUAAAAGAUAAUCUUAAUGCAUCAGAAUCAUCAACAACUAGUGAUUCAGAUAUAGUUGAAGUCAAUGAAAUCGCACCAACUUUUGAAACAAUUAGUGAUCAUAUGCAAACAAGUUAUGUCAAUGUUGAUGAAACGGAUGUCAAAAUUGAACUUCCUAAUGAAUUAAUUGAAAGAACACCACAUAUGGUAACUGUUGAAUCAGAAAGUGAAGAUUUACCUCCACCAUUACCACCAUUGCCACCACUAAAUAAUAAAUCAAGUAUGUGUUUCAAAUAA